AUGAGGUGGCCGAGGAGCAAAUUCAGAUGGCUCCUCAGCGCAUGCCUCAUUUGUCUGCUGCUGCAGCUCGUUGGUGCGAUCAGGACAAACUUGUUCUGGCCACCAGCUUGCCUGCCGUCUCCUGCAAUCCCAAGAGAAGAUGAAUCGGUAAUGACCAAGUUCAUGAUGCUUUGCAUUCAUGUAGCACCUGUGGAACAACUGUGGUGCAGUUGUGCUCUAGACUUGAGAAUUCCUCAAGAUGUUAGAAACAAGACCCAUUAUAGCCUUCUAUUCAACACCAUCAGCAAUUCAUAUAGAAAAAAUGUUAAGAAGUCCUCUCCUCAAAAGAUCGGUAUUGGGGAAGCAAUCACUGCAACCUUAUCACCUGCAGAAGUUGCCAACACUUUUCUGGACUGCUUAAACAAGCAUAAUUUCUCUUUCUCUGAUCAUGGGCUGCAGAAGCAGGAGGAGAAAACCAGAAGCUUACUUCCCAACUCUAACAGCAUCAACCUGCCUUUUGCAAUGAAAAGAAGACGUCUACUUGAAGAAUAUUCAGCCAUUGCUCCACCCCGACCUAAAGCGAAACAGACAAUAAGAAGUGUUUUGUCUUCCGAAGCAGAGGCUCACCCACUAGUCGCCACUGUGAAAAAGUCUGGUAAAACAGAGCCCAAACACAAGAGCAAGGACAACAGUGGCACGAUCAUCGCUGGUUUGUCAGUGGCUUGUGUAGCGUUGGUGGCUCUUAUAGGUCUGUGCUGCUGUGCUUGUCGUGGAAGCGAAGAUCAAGAAUUAUCAUAUGAUGACAAACCGCUGCUGAGUUUGAAUAUGAGUGAUUUAUCAGGUUCUUCGCGUAAAUCAUGCUCUACCCCAAUUGAUGUCAACAGGUUGGGGGCAUUGUCAAUCAAUUCAUCAGAGACCCAGCGUAAAGAAUUUAAAAUGCCUCCUAUAAAGGCAGCAGUUAGAGAAAUGUCAAUGAAGUCAGAGUUUGAGCGACGCAGCAAUGUGCAGGCGAUGAAGCUAAGCUCUCAUGAAAUAACCACCAUUGCUGGACGUCCGACAGCCUUUACUAAUUCUCAGGAUGUGAAACCUGCUGCUGUUCCUUCUAGUAAUGCCAGCGAAAGCGCUGGUGAACCUGCAGCUGGUCCAGGACCACCACCACCACCACCUCCAGGUCCUCCUCUCCCAAAGCCUCCUCCUGCACCGCCAUCUGCACCAUCUGCACCAGCACCAUCUGCACCAGCACCACCAGCACCACCUCCUCCAAAGAUGCCUACAGCUGCUGGUUCGAGCAAUCCACCUCCACCAGGACCACCACCGCCUCCUGCUCCAAGGCCUGCAGCCGGACCCGGACCUCCACCACCGCCAAGUAGAGCCAGACCCGGACCUCCACCACCACCAGGUAGAGCUGGAGCUGGACCUCCACCACCAGCAAUGCCUGGUGGUCCAAAAGCGCGUGGGCCGCCACCGUUGAAGAAGGCAGGGAAUGUUGCAGGUCCUCCUGUAGACAAUAAAACAAAGCUGAAGCCAUUCUUCUGGGAUAAAGUUACUGCAAAUCCGGAUCAAGCAAUGGUGUGGGAUCAAAUUAAAGCAGGAUCCUUCCAGUUUAAUGAGGCGGAGAUCGAGAGCCUUUUUGGUUGUCACGCUACUGACAAGAAAAAUGCUGACGGCAAAAAGGAUUUAACAGCAAAGGAUACCCCUCAAUUUGUAAGGAUACUCGACGCUAAAAAGGCACAGAACUUAGCAAUAUCACUAAAGGCAUUGAGUGUUUCAGCUGAAGAAGUACGUAAUGCAGUUAUGGAAGGGCAUGAACUCCCCAUUGAUCUGAUACAAAUCUUGAUAAGGUGGACUCCAACCAGCGACGAGGAGCUAAGGCUUCGGCUGUACACUGGAGAGCUCACUCAACUGGGUCCCGCGGAACAAUUCUUGAGGACCAUCAUUGACAUACCUUACCUCUACCAGCGCCUGGAUGUGUUGCUUUUCAUGACCAGUUUACCAGAAGAAGCUGCAAAUGCAGAACAGUCGUUUAAAACCCUGGAGGUGGCCUGCCAUGAGCUUCGGAACAGCCGUCUAUUCAAGAAGCUGCUAGAGGCUGUACUCAAGACUGGCAACAGAAUGAAUGAUGGCACCUUUCGAGGCGGGGCCCAGGCAUUCAAGCUGGACACCCUCCUGAAGCUCUCAGACGUGAAGGGGGUCGAUGGCAAGACGACACUGCUUCACUUUGUUGUCCAGGAGAUCAUUCGCUCAGAGGGCGUGCGUGCCGUGCGGGCUGCCAAAGAGCAGAGCAACAGCAGCAUGUCCAGCGUGAUUUCUGAUGACCUCACUGAGGACGUCAGCGAUGACACGGAGCACUACAAGCAGCUAGGCCUGGGCGUUGUUUCCAGCCUGGGAGAUGACCUACAGAACGUGCGGAAGGCAGCAAUCCUGGAUGCUGAUGCGCUGACCAUCUCGGUGGCCAGCCUGGGGCACAAGUUGGUGAAGGCAAAUGAGUUCUUGAACACGGGCAUGAAGAGCUUGGACGAGGACAGUGGGUUCCAUAGCAAGCUUGCCCAGUUCAUUGAGCAGUCUCAGGUGCGUGUGACCCAGCUUCUGGAGGAGGAAAAGAAGCUACGGGCGCUGGUACGCACUACUGUGGACUACUUCCACGGGAGCACAGGGAAGGAUGAGGGCCUGCGGCUGUUCGUCAUCGUCCGUGACUUCCUGGGAAUCCUGGACAAGGUUUGCAGAGAGGUGAAAGAGGCAGCUACCAAGGCUGCUGCUAAUAACAAGAAACCUUCAGCAGCAGGACCAGGAUCAAGGGGAAGGCAACCGUCGCAGUCUUCUUCGUCUUUCCGCGAUCCUCGACAGCAACUGAUGCCCGCAAUUAAAGAUCGGAGGAGUGCUGCGGCACGCAGCUCUAGUUCCUCUUCUGAUUCUGACUGA